CAAAACUACGACAAUGGCGAUCUCAAUGAGCUCUUACUAUUUUUCGCUUCUCCUCUACAUCGUUAUCCUACACUACUAUGCGAACGCCAUUAACGAUGACUCCACUUCUCUUCCACUUCCCGACACUCAUUUGUCGAAUAAGGCUUCCGAAGUCAAGAAUCUUCUCUACGACUACUAUCGAUUAAUUUGCCCUAAUGCUGAAAGCACCAUUUUCCAGAUUAUGCGAGAUAUUGUCGCCAUUGAUAACAAAGCUACUGCUCAGCUUCUCCGACUCAUGUUUCAUGAUUGCUUUAUUCAGGGUUGUGACGCAUCUCUGCUUCUAGAUGAUAGCAAUGGAGACCAAAAUCAUUCAAUUGAAAGAAAUGCUGAGCCAAACCAAACUCUCAAGGCGUUUGAUAUCAUUGACAGGAUCAAGCAAGCCUUAGAAACUCAGUGUCCUAGAGUUGUUUCCUGCUCAGACAUCAUUGUUCUAGCCACUAGAGAUGCCAUCAUUCUGUCUGGAGGACCAUUUUUCCCUGUGCUCACUGGACGAAAAGACAGUCUAGCAUCAUAUUUUGAUGAAGCUAAUGAACAGAUACCAAGUCCUGACAGUAACGUUACAGAGAUGCUUAGUUUGUUUUCACAAAGGGGAUUCAAUGAGAAAGAAAUAGUCAGCCUCUUGGGGGGGCACAACAUUGGAAAGAUUAGCUGCGAUUUUAUUCAAAAGCGAUUCUCGAACUUCAAAGGCACCGGAAGUCCUGAUCCCACAAUUCCUGCAGAAUUCUUGCUUGAGCUCAAAAGAAUCUGCAAUUCAGAUGCAUCUCCAAGUCCUUCUCCAUCCAGACUUAGGAAUUUGAUAGAAUCUUCCACAGGCUGGCCUUUUUCUCAGUCACUGGCAUCAUUUAUUUUCUCAGGCUCUGGUUUUGAUUCACAUUACUACAAGAGAUUGCUCAUGGGGCGAGGCUUACUUUAUGUAGAUCAGCAACUGAUGGCUGAUUACAAGACUGCUAAGUUGGUAGAAGUGUUUGCUUCUGAUGAUGGUUCGACGUUCCGGAGAGAAUUUUCUAAAUCAAUGCUGAAGAUGUCCAACCUUGGAUCACUCACUGACUAUCAUGGUGAGGUGCGUACCACAUGCUCCCUUCGAAACAGUGAUUGAUGGUAAAUUUCCAAUUCUUUACUGAUUUUUUGCUAGCUAUUAACUAGUUCCCAUGCCUCUUUUAUCCAUACUUUGCUCUUGAGGAGGUAAAUUGUAGAUCAUUUGAGCCCCUUUUCAGCCAAAUUUGGAUUCUUUACUAUUGUUGACAUGCAGGCCUAAAUCUUUUGCACCAUUUCAGUUUAUCAAUAGAAGUAAUACAUUAAAUCCUUUGUUAUAUGUAGAAAAGGUCUUUUUCUGUGUAAAUGAUUCAGUAUUAGGCGUUAAUAUGAAUGCUUGAUAUAGCUAUAUUAACACCUUACUGUCUGCACUCUGGUUGUAGACUUGCAUUCACUGGCCAAAUAAGUUUUUAAAGUUCAGUUGUGUGUUCAGAUUAUUUUUCCUUGUUAUUACAUCCUUUCUAGAUAUGCUGUUAUACUAGAAUGGCAGAUUCCUGGACUUGAGCCUCUCUUCACU